CUUGUCGAAUGGGUUCCAUUAUCCAAUUCACCGCCGCCGCCACACAUCUCGAUGAACUCCGCGCCCGUGUUCCUUCAGAAGACGUACGACAUGCUCGAAGUUUGCCCAGUCGGCGUCGCGGAGUGGGCGAAGGACGGAAAAUCCUUUGUCAUUAAGAACACAAAGCAGUUCGAGUCGACGAUGCUGCCGCAGUUUUUCAAACACAACAACUUUGCCUCGUUUGCGCGCCAACUACGCUUCUAUGGGUUUGAAAAGAGCAAGGUCCACGACGCCCGCUUCAACGACAGCUCCGAGUCCGGUCAAACGUGGUGGAUGUUCCAACACCCCAAGUUUCUCCGCGACGACCCCGUCAGGAUGACGUCCAUUCGACGCAAAACGUGCACAGAAGCCGUCGCUGUGAAAUGGGAAGCGGGUGAAGUCAGCGAGCUCAAGGUCCGCCUCUCGACUUUGCAAGACACGAUGUCUGUACUGUCCGCUCGCAUUUCGACCCUCACCGCAGCCGUCCACGAAUUUGCCGCGGCUCAAGCGAUCGACGAAGAGAUCUGUGACGCGCCCGUUGCUAAGCGUGCCAAGAUCUCGAUGCCCACUCCGGUCAAAGUCUCGGCACCCUUGCAAUCGUCGUCUCCCAAGACGGUCGAAGACAUUACGGCCGUGGACCAACAAGCAUGGACCUUCAGCCUCGAAGACGAACAUUUCCCCGACAUGGACGACCACUUGUUCGCUUCCCUUUUGGACUUUGACCUGCCGCUCGUGUGCUAAUCCCGCCGCUCCCCCUCUCCAUCCCCUCCUUCCGUCAAUUGUGCGUGCCGUCGACGUCGACGUGAGUACCUUCUCCCAAGACUGCCCGUCCCGUCCUCGCCUAGCCAUCACGCACCAUCAUUACCCAUGUCCUUGCGCGAUCGUCACAUCAUCGUGUGCGCCUGGUGAACAAGCAAUCGCAUAAGCCUUAACGUGGGACACGUUUUAUUCGAAUUAACCUUUGGGAUCUUGUUUU